GGUUCCAGGUGUAUUGAAUAAAGUACAUAUAAUAGGAUAUUGUAUAAAUGGUAAUAAGCUUGAACUUUUAGACAUGGAUUGCCCUCAGGGAUAUGUAACGAGAGUUCGAAGAUUGAAUCAAAUGUUGUAUCCAACAAAUUCAAUAAAUUUUAUAAAUCGUUUACGUCCUCUUAUGGAAGUAGCUUACAUUGGUAAGUUAAUCAUGGAACAAACUUGGACAACAAUUGAAAGUACAAGAAUCCCUUUGUCUAGUUCAUUUGGAGCACCAAUUAUUCUUCCUCCAAACUAUGAAAAAUAUUCCGUAGAUUCUCCCAGAAAAAAAGCAAAUAUUGUAGAAAAAUAAUUUUGAUAUCCUAGCUUAAUAAAUUUUUCUAUUUUAU